CCUCAACCUCAUCUCCUCCUCCUUGCCUCCACCCUCCUCGCAGAAUGGAGGCCUCCUGCCUGGAGCUGGCGCUGGAGGGAGAGAGGCUGUGCAAGGUGGGCGACUUCCGUGCCGGAGUCUCCUUCUUCGAGGCAGCCAUCCAGGUCGGGACGGAAGACCUCCAGAUCCUGAGCGCCAUCUACAGCCAGCUGGGGAAUGCCUACUUCCACCUCCACGACUACGACAAAGCCCUGGAGUUCCACCGGCACGACCUGACCCUGACCAGGACAAUUGGAGAUCACCUUGGAGAAGCCAAAGCCAGCGGUAACCUCGGCAACACGCUAAAGGUUCUGGGGCGUUUUGACGACGCGGUGGUCUGUUGCCAGAGGCACCUGGACAUCACCAGGAACUUCCGUGAUAAGGUGGGGGAGGCCAGGGCGCUGUAUAAUUUCGGGAAUGUGUACCACGCCAAGGGCAAGAGCAUCUGCUGGAACGGGGCGGACCCGGGGGACUUCCCCGAGGAGGCCAUGGCUGCAUUGCGCAGGGCGGCCGAGUACUACGAGGCAAAUUUGAUUAUCGUGAAGGCGCUAGGGGAUCGAGCGGCACAGGGCCGCACCUACGGUAACCUUGGCAAUACACACUACUUGCUGGGAAACUUCCGGAAAGCUGUGGCGUCUCAUGAGCAGCGCCUGCUCAUUGCCAAGGAGUUUGGUGACAAAGCAGCGGAGAGGAGGGCUUACUGCAACCUGGGGAACGCAUACAUCUUCCUGGGCGAGUUUGAGGAGGCAGCCGAACACUACAAGAGAACACUACAGCUGGCCCGGCAGCUGCAGGACCGGGCAGUGGAGGCCCAGGCCUGCUACAGCCUGGGGAACACGUACACCCUGCUGCAGGACUAUGAGAGGGCCAUUGACUACCACCUCAAGCACCUCAUCAUUGCGCAGGACCUCAACGACAGGAUUGGGGAGGGGAGGGCUUGCUGGAGUUUAGGGAAUGCCUACACCGCCCUGGGGAACCAUGAUCAGGCCAUGCAUUUCGCAGAGAAACAUCUGGAAAUCUCCAAAGAGACCGGAGACCGAAGCGGAGAGCUGACAGCCAGGAUGAACGUCUCCGACCUUCAGAUGGUCCUGGGGCUCAGCUACAGCACCAACAGUUCUGUCCUGUCCGAAAACAAGGAGACAGACUACAGCCUGCAUGGAGCGAGGCCGAGGGUUGGGAGGCGCCACAGCAUGGAGAACCUGGAGCUGAUGAAGCUCACCCCGGACAAGAUGAAUGGACAGAAAUGGAGGAGUGACAUCCUGACCAAGCCAUCCAAACCCGCCCUGUCCAAGACGUCCUCAAAGCUUUCCUUUGUCAGCCGCUUCAGGAGUAAGAAGCACAAGAACAGCGGCUCCACCAAAACCCUGCAGGGCAGCAGCAGCACCCUGGCCGUGCCCCAGGCAGAGGUUCCAGAGCUGCAGAAGAGGUCCAGUCUGGACAUGCUGGGGGACGAGGGCUUCUUCGACCUGCUCAGCCGCUUCCAGAGCAACCGCAUGGAUGACCAGAGGUACUCCAUCCAGGACAUCACAAGCAGGUUGUCCACCCCUGCCGGCGCCAGCUCUCCGCCCACAGGCAUGAGGAAAUCCCGCUCAGACUCGGUGGCGCCCCCUCCAGGCCGCGGCCAGUUACUCAGCCUGGUGGCCAGCUCCCAGAGCCGACGGCUCGACGACCAGCGGGCUGCCACAGGUAGCUUCCCCGGCCUGCGGCUCAGCCAGCAAAACAGCCAGUCUGUCCUCAGCCACCUGAUGGCCAACGCUGACAACACUGAGCCCGACGAGGACUUCUUCGACAUGCUUGUCAAGUGCCAGGGCUCCCGGCUGGAUGACCAGAGGUGUGCCCCACCGCCACCCACAGCCAAGUGCCCCACUGUUCCAGAUGAGGACUUCUUCAGCCUGAUCAUGCGCUCUCAGGCCAAGAGGAUGGAUGAGCAGCGGGUCACCCUGCCCUCCGGCCCCAGGCGGUCCAACUCAAACUGAGCCAUCCUUGCAAGAGAAGUCACUCAUCGUCUGCAGCCAAAUAGGAAACAUUUCCACGGUUACCAUGCACUCCCACAAAAUAGGAUGUGGUACACUGCACAUCAGUACUGGACAGACCUUUUUUUAACCACACAAGGGUACAACCUUCCAGUGAGUUUUAUUACUGUACAGUAUCCCACAAUGUAU